AUCACUUCUUCACUCUCUUUUAGCUUCUCAGCACCCAACCAUGACUGUCAUCAUUCAUGAUCCUUUAUUCUACGGGAGCGACGACGAAGCCGACGAGCUCUUCCUGCCGGAGGUUGUAGAGGAACAAGCACCGCCACAGGAGGAGGAGGAGAAGCGUGAAAUAGCCAUUGUUGAAGUUGGCUUCUUCGCCCCUGAAAACAAUGCUUUUGGCAAUUCGUUCAGGAACUACCAGCAAGAGAGCCUGAGGAGGAUUAUCGUGGAGGAAUUCUACAGGAAAAAUCACACCUUCCAGACCUAUGAUUUUGCGAUGGCAAAGAAAGAAGAACAUGGGAGAUUGAAUAAGGGAGUGAUGAGCAUAUGGGAGUGUUGCGAACUGCUGAAUGAGUACGUAGACGAAAGUGAUCUCGAUUCGGACGAACCCCCGAUGGAGCAUCUUCUCCAGACUGCCGAAGCUAUCAGGAGGGACUAUCCCCAUCAAGAUUGGCUUCAUCUCACUGCACUCCUUCAUGAUUUGGGUAAGGUUCUUUUGCAUCCAGCAUUUGGAGGGGAGCCCCAAUGGUGUGUUGUUGGUGAUACUUUCCCUCUGGGGUGUGCAUUUAGUGAGGCUAUAGUCCACCACAAGUUUUUCAUACAAAAUCCAGAUAGUCGCAACCCCGAGUACAACACCAAAUUGGGUAUCUACAUAGACAACUGUGGGCUUGAGAAUGUCACCAUGUCAUGGGGCCAUGAUGAGUACAUGUACUUGGUAGCAAAGGGCAAUAACACCACUCUCCCACCCGCUGCACUCUUCAUCAUCCGGUACCACUCAUUCUACGCUCUGCAUCAAGGAGGAGCUUACACUUACCUCAUGAACAACGAGGACAAAGAGAUGCUCGAGUGGCUGCAUGUCUUCAAAAAGUACGAUCUUUACAGUAAGAGCAGAGUGAGAAUCAACCAGGAGGAAGUAAAGCCCUACUAUCUUUCCCUCAUCGAGAAGUAUUUUCCGGCGAGGCUGAGGUGGUGAUCAUCAAGGGUAGUCAUGAUGAAGAUGGAGGCAAGAAGUUUGAAUGAAUUAGUACAAUAAAACAUGCAUGGCGUACCUACAAAUAAUGCAUAUUGAGGUUGCAAGUCAGAGGCUUACUGCAUGCCGUGCAUGUCUUGUGCUUUAUCUUUUUCAACUGUUGUAAUGUAAUCAUCAUUCAUCAGUCUGUUUUGUGAAAUGAAAUGUUUGAACCCAUA